AUGAGGUUGUCAACCAUUUUAGCUACCAGCGGAACGACACUUGCGGCAUUGUACCCAAGGGUAUAUUAUGCCAAUAGUUCUCUGCCUUCUGCAACGCAUAGCUCGUUUUGGGAUCUCACAACAGUUACUGUGAAAACCACCGACUCUGUAGGUUCAGCUGCAACUUAUACCUCUGAGGCCCUUGUAUCGCUUUCGACAUCAAGUAUCGGCAACACAUUUACCGUUUUCACCACAUGGUGCCCUUUGUCUUCAACCUCUGGAAUGGACAAAACCUCUUUUGUGACUACCGAAACAAGUCUUUUCACAUCGGAAUCGGUUUCUACCGAUCAGAACGGAAAUUCACAUACUGUUGCAACCACUGGAACUGAAACCUUCACUAUCACCAUCUGUCCAUCGUGUAGCCACCACCUUACUACUGCUAUCACGGAUUCUAGUAAAGGUUCCAGUUUAAGUCCUUCGAGUCGAAAAUUCACUUCAAUCGGAUCUUCGGUGACAAUUGGAAGCUCUGCUUUAGUGAACAGCGAUUCCACCAUACCAAGUUCAGUUUCCUCGGCCGUUUUUUCACAAGAGACAUCCUCGCUGGUCUCCUCUAAGCUCUCUUCUGGCUCAUCAUUAGAGAGCUCGAUUUCAUCUCCAGCGACACAAACUUUGCGGACAAUCACCACUAAUACUGUCAACAGUGCGGGUUCGACCUUUACGACAACGUUUAGUGCAACACCUUCUCUGACCACGGAAACUUCAAAUGGUGUUACAAGCGUCUACACCACUUGGUGCCCUUUGAGGUCCAGUAGUCCUGCUUCGGAAGCGAUAACAAGUACGAUUGCCACAACAACUAUCAACAGUGCAGGUUCCACGAUUGUGACAAGUAUGGCGGUUACGCCAUCUUUAACGACAGCGAUUUCGAAUGGAGCGACAACGGUUUACACCACUUGGUGUCCUUUGACUGCUAGUAGUAGCCCCGCUACUCAGACAGUCAGUACUGUGACAACAAGUACCACCGACAGUGCGAGCUCUACCAUAGCGACGACUUUUGAAGCUACACCCUCUUUGAUCACGGCAACGACAAAUGGAAUAACCACAGUUUACACCACCUGGUGUCCUUUGACUGCUAGUAGUAGCCCAGCUACUCAGACAGUCAGUACUGUGACAACAAGUACUGUCAACAGUGCAAGCUCUACCAUAGCGACGACUUUUGAAGCUACACCCUCUUUGAUCACGGCAACGACAAAUGGAAUAACCACAGUUUACACCACCUGGUGUCCUUUGACUGCUAGUAGUAGCCCAACUACUCAGACAGUCAGCACCAUAACAACAAGCACCGUCAAUAGCGUGAGCUCUACUAUCGUGACAACAUUUGAAGCUACACCCUCGUUGACCACGGAAACGUCAAGCGGAGUGACCACAGUGUAUACUACGUGGUGUCCCUUGACGAGCACUUCUUCGAUUCCAGUGAUCAGUACUAUCACCACCAAAAUUGUGAAUAGUGAAAGCUCGACAAUUUCCACAACGUACAUGGCCACUCCAUCCCUAAAAACAUCGACCUCCAGUGGCAUAGUCACGGUAUACACUACUUGGUGCCCCUUCUCGACUUCUCUGUCUUCUUCGACCGCGACAAACGUCUUCACAGAGCAGUCUCCCUCCAGCAAUGCCACCCCAAAGACUGCUAGCCAAAGUGUUAUGACACAUUCAACAACGGGCACAAGCAGUUAUAGUCAAACGUUGCCGGGAACUACUAGUCACAAAACAGAAAGCACUGCUCUGCAGUCCGAAGAAAGUUCAACAAAGACGCAGAUUUCGGAGACGACUAGUGGAACAUUGAAUUCCCAGCAAACUUCCAUACCCAGUACGAGUCUCAUCGAAUCAGAGAGCUAUCGAUCGCAGAGCCAAUCUCGCACUCAAGUUUUGCCGCAUACUGGAACCACCAGCAUUCUCACACAACAGUCGCCGUCGGUAAGAACGAAAGUCUACACAACCACUUCAUGUUCUUCUAACCAGUGUCACACGAAAACUAUUUCAACUACUACGGGAUCAACCACUGGCAUUCAGUCUUCGUCAUUACCCUCCGCCUCUUUGUUUUCAAAAGUCGGUUCUUCCACGACAAGCUUAGCUCCCAAAAGUGGAUCCUCUUCGGUAGUAUCGAUCACUCAAACCGAAACCACGGUGUGCACGGAGUCUUCAUGUAGUACCGUGUCUUCUAGUUCUAUCGCCUCUUCGGGUCCUGAGAAAGAGAAGAAAUCCACCGGAAUUGUGCCAAGCUCGUCAACGCAAAACUCGCGUUCAGUGUGUACUUCAUGUGCUACCAGUUUCGUUGCGACUUUAUCAACAGUUCAGUCAAGGGCCCAUAGCAAGUCUUCUCUAUUGUCGUCCACGACUCAAGUGGUCACACUUACCAGCGGCGGUGUCGUUACUGAAUACACAACCUGGUGCCCGAUAACUGCUUCCUCUGCUGGAAGUCUUUACACUACAACAGCGUCACAGACUACAUCAAUUCCCAGCUCAAAAAUUUUGGUAAGUGACAGUACAACUCCUACGCCUAAAUAUUCCUCUGCAUUGUCGAGCACAUUUGAAGCAGGAAGUGGGGCUUCCGUGGUUUCGAGUGUAGCGGAGACACAGCCUGGGUCUGGGACUUCGCUUUCGAAACCUCAAUCAACUACUUUGGCCACUACUGCUACCAUCAGCACGAGCAAAAUCCAAGCAGAUACAUCCGAUCAUGUCGAAUCAACGACGAGCAUUUCACACAUAUCUACAGGAGAAAGCACAACCUUCAUGCCCUCAGUGAAGACAACUUCUGCCACCAACUCUGAGACACUAAAAACGAGCACAAUCGCUGCCAGUGAGCAGUGUCAAACUUGCUCCAGUUCGAGCACCACUACAAGCGGCAAAAGCUCCUAUGACUGUACGACUUGCCUUGGCCAAGUUUCCUCUAUUAAAACAUCAUCUGCUACAAGCACAAAACCCACUGACGAGUGCACUUCCUGUGCCACUUCGGCCACCUCCACUGUGAGUUCAACAAUAACGAGGACCUGUUCAACUUGCGCGCCGCUUUCUUACGCUUCGAAGGUGGUAACAGAGACAAACAAUGGUGUGAUCACUGAGUACACCACAUGGUGUCCUAUAACAACUUCAAGUAGUCUUGCAGCUCGUUCAGAAUCGCCAAGCUCGGGCGUUCCUUCGCCAAGCUCGGAAAUUUCUUCGCCAGCAGCUUCAACGAUCUCAUCCUCUAUGAAUAAGGUAAUUCUCACUAGCUCAAAGGUCGAGACGUACAGCACAUCCUUGACUACCAUGGUGACAACGGUGUUGCCAAUCACCACGACGUCCACCAGCAGCGACGGACACUUAGUGACAGUUGUUAGUUCGAAGUCAACAGUGGUACCGACAGUCACAACGCUGCUAGUCACUUCCAGAGUGCCCAUCUCAACUUAUGCCACACCAGUGGAGGUAUCAUCGAAUCCAGGAUCUAAUUUCGGCUCAGUCACCACAGCAAACACCCUUUCCUCAACGUGGGUUACCACACCGGUAAUUUCGACGUAUCAGGGAGCAGCCCCCAGAGCCAAGGAUUUGUCUAAUGAGUUUUUGAACGCGCUGUCAGUGAUACUAAUGAUGCUGCUGGUAUAG